ACUGGCUGCUCUCCAGCCUCGCACAGGCGUCGUCAUCAUCACUGUUGUCCUCGGACGCCGCGACUACACUCCUUGGGCUUCUACAACUAGUUGAUCAACAUUACUAUCAAUCCUUGCACGUUUCACGCCCUAAAUUCCUGCACCACUACCGAUCGGUCGCUUGUCCCGUUUGGCCGUGAUCCGUCCCCCUUUUCCUGUGCCCAUUACGAGAGUCUUCCCCAAUCGAGCUCGACACCGCCGGCGCCAUGUAUUCGAGCCCGAACUCGUUCCUCGGCGGCAACAGCUUCCGUCCCGGCGCUCCGCAAUAUGGCAGUUCAUUCGGUGCAGGUGCUGGCGCAACCCAGCAACAAGCACAGCAACAGCCGAGUCCGUUCGCUCCGCAGCCGACCGGCUUCGCCCAACAAGCGCCGCUCCAACAGCAGUACACCGGCUACCCAGGCUUGCAGCCUGCGCAAGGCCCGGGCCAGCUGCAGCCGCAGUUCACCGGCUUCGGCCAGGUCCAGCAGCCGAGCAUGCCCUCUGCGGUACCGCCAAUGCCGGCUAUCCCGCAGCAGUACCAGCAACAAUUCCAGCAGCACCAGGCCCAACAGCAGCCGAGUCCUUUUGCCGCCGCGCCUGCUCAAUCUCCUGCUCACACUUUGGCGCCGCCUCCACCCUCGGUGAAGCCCCAGCCCACCGGCUUCCACGAGAUGGCAGCUUCAUUCCAAACCGCUGGUGGCGCAAAGCCCAAGCCCGCCGCGGCCCCGAGGAAGUCCAACAAAGUCCCCAAUAUCCGCCUUUCCUUUAUCACGGCCCAGGACCAGGCCAAAUUUGAAACCUUGUUCAAGUCUGCCGUGGGUGACGGCCAGACUACCAUGUCGGGUGAGAAGGCGAGAGAUCUGCUGCUGCGCUCCAGGUUGGACGGGGAUUCGCUUUCCCAUAUCUGGACGCUAGCCGACACCACCAGAUCAGGGCAGCUGCAUUUCCCGGAAUUUGCCCUUGCCAUGUAUCUCUGCAACUUGAAGCUUACCGGAAAGGCUCUGCCAACCACGCUACCUGACAAUGUCAAGAAUGAGGUUUCCAGCAUGGUGGAUAUUAUCAACUUUAGCAUUGUCGAGGAUUCAGGGCCCGGUUCCGCGACUGCCACCAACCCUCCUGACUUCGGAAUGCGCCAAAGCACCGCCACCCCUCCUGUAAUUCAGCAUCCGCAGCCGCAGCCGUCGAACUCGCAACUGCUCCAGGCGCAGAUGACGGGCUUCCCUGCCCAGCAGACGGGCUUCUUGGGCCAAGGACUCCAGGCACAGCCAACAGGGAUGCCCCAGGCCACUGGCUACACUGGCCCACGGCCCCCGAUGCCGCCUAUGCCAACUGGAUUUGGCUCCACCCUGUCGCCGAAUACCGGUCCUGGCGGGAUGGUGGCGCCGUUGAACGCUCAACCCACAGGGCGGCCCGGUCAGUGGGGCCUUGUCAAUACCCCUGCGAGCGGUCUUCCGAACAUCGAUGCCUUGCAGGCUCGCAUGAUGCCUCAACAGGGCAGAGAACAGCAGAACUACACCACGGCUGGACUUCAAGGCAAUGCUGUAAUUCCCUGGGCUAUCACCAAGGACGAGAAAACCAGAUACGACGCCCUGUUUCGGGCGUGGGAUGGUCUGAACAAGGGAUUCAUUGGGGGCGACCAGGCCAUAGAGAUAUUUGGCCAGAGCGGCCUGGAAAAGCCCGACCUCGAGCGCAUUUGGACUCUCGCCGACAACGGCAACAAGGGUCGCCUAGAUCUCGACGAAUUCGCCGUGGCCAUGCAUUUGAUUUACCGAAAGCUCAAUGGUUACCCCAUCCCGAAUCAGCUCCCGCCCGAACUAGUGCCUCCUUCCACCAGGAACCUCAGCGGAGCGCUUGGUACCAUCAAGAGUAUGCUCCAUCAGGAAUCCGAUUUUCGUAAAAACUCCGGCGCGGCCUUGCUCCCGCAGAAAACCGGAGUCAGCUACCUGAAGAGCCACUCCUUCAAGGGGGCUGGUGGCGGCUUGGGUAAUCGUAAGGACGCCACCGUCUUCAAGAACAAUGAUGAUGAGGUUGGCUACCGGUCUAGCGCGCGACGUAGAGUUGGCAAUGUGUCACCGCGUCCCGAUUCACCAGCAUCCGUCGGCUCCAACGAGGAGCUGACCCUGGAUCAGCUGCGCAAAAAGAUCAAGGAAAAGCAGGUGCUCCUUGAUGCCAUGGAUUUUGCAGACGAGAAAAGUAUUGAGGAGGACGAUAUCCUGGAUAGGCGUGAUCGUCGCGAGGCAGAGGAACUCUACCGCCGCAUCAGAAGAAUUCAGGAGGACAUUGAUAAUCACCCGGACGCCUCGUUGAUUAGCGGAGACUCUGAGGCCGAGAGGAGGGCGCUGAAGCGACAGCUGCAGAACCUGACUGACAGGAUCCCCGAGCUUGCAUCCCAGGUCAGAAGGACCGAGAAAGCCAUUGCAGACGCGAGGCUCGAGUUAUUCCGCCUGAGGGACGCCAAGGCUCACCCAGGGAGCGCUGCUGCCAUCAUCGGAACCGGGCCGGGCGGCACCAUCACCGAAUCUGACAGGCUCAAGGCACGCGCCAAAGCUAUGAUGCAGCAGCGUACAGCUGCCCUGACCGGCAAAAAGAUUGACGUGAGCAGUGACUUCGACGCAGAGAAGCGGCUGGAGGAGGAGAGCAUUAAGGCCAGAACUGAAAAGGAGAACAACGAGCGCAUGGUUCAGGAUGUCGAGGAUAGCGUUCGUGAUUUCGCCAAGGGCAUCGAAGACAGUCUCAUCGACGGCACGCAGGAUUCUACUUCGGAGCACGAGAGGCGCCGAUGGGAGGAUGCCCUUGGCGUUGAGGACGAGGUCAGAGAUUUCAUCUUUGAUCUUCAGCGGUCCAGCCGUGCAGCUCGCAUCCGGUCACAGGAUCGGCAGGGAGGACGCCAGCCUUCUCAAGAGCCUGUAAAAGCCGAGGCACAUCCUGUUACUCGCGUUGAGAGUCCCGCUACGACCUCCCGGACGGCCUCUCCAGCAACUGCCCCCGCCGCAGGCGGCUCGUAUUCUGCGUACAAGACACCAGAAGAGAGAGCAGCAUUCAUCAAGCAGCAGGCCGAGCAACGCAUGGCCGAGCGGCUUGCCGCCUUGGGCAUCAAACCUCCCACAAAACCAGGAGAGACGGCCGCUCAGCGUCUCGAGCGAGAGCGGGCCGAGCGGGCAGCCAAGUUGCGGCAGGCGGAGGAGGAAGACGCUCGUCGUGAAGCUGAACGACAGGCGAGGCUUGCUGAGGAACAAGGGGUGCUGCCUCCUGCCGCCUCGCAAGCUCCCAAGGUCGAGGCCAAGAAGCCCCCUCCGCCUCCCAGCCGCAAAGCGGCAAAACCAGACGAUAGGCGAGCCGAGGAAGAGCUUGCUGCCAAGAAGGCUCAGGAAGAGCGCCUGGAACGAGAGUCCGAGGGAGAGGAACGGGCUACUCGAGAGCUUGAGGAGCGUGCCAAAGCUCAAGAGGAUGAGCUUGCUAGGGAGCGUGAGGAAGCUGACGCUCGCUUGAGAGCCCUUGAGGAGCAAGUGAGGCAGGGCAAGCUUAAGAAGGAGGAGGAGAAGCGAAAGAAGAAAGCGGCACUGGCCGAGGCGAAGGAGAAGGAGGCCCAAUUGGCUCAACGCCGGGCCGAGAUCGAAGCAGCCCGGAAGCGCGAGGAGGAGCUCCGCAGGCAACUUGAGGCCAUGGAGGAUGAGACUUCGUCCUCGGACGACGAGGGACCGGAGCAGAUCACGCCCCAAGCGUCCACGCCCACCUUGGCCGACAGUCAAAUCGUCCCCCAGGAGCCUGAGCGGAAGCCCACCCCACCGCCAGCGUCUACAGUAUCGCCACCGCAAAUCGUUACAUCCAGCCCUCCAAAUGAGAUGGAGAGCCGCAAUCCCUUCUUCAGAAUGAUGUCGCAAACUUCGGAGGCACCAUCGGCACCGGCUGCUCCGGCUGCACCGCCUCCGGCACCAGCCGCAGCACCCCCAGUGGCGCCCCCGCCGCCCCCCCAGCCGGACGUCUCCACAAACCCGUUCCACCGCAUGACUCAGGCGGCUGCACCUGCCGCCCCGUCCGUCCCAGUGACGAGACGACACGGCAAAGACGAUGGCUGGGGCUCGGACAAGGAAGAUGAAGAAGAGGAUUCGGACGAUGACAGGCCAGGCGGUAAAAGUGCCGCGCAGCUGGCGUCCAUCCUGUUCGGCACCAUGGCGCCACCCCGCCCGCUGUCUGCGGCCGAAAACAAAUCUGCCUCCUCUCCUCCGCCUGUGAGCUCACCCAUCGCGUCUCCUCCUCCUCCACCUUCCCAAGAGGCUGCUUCGCCCUCAGUCGCACCUCCCCCCCCGCCCCCGAUGCCCGGUACCUUCCUCGCGAGCGCCCCGCCGCCGCCGCCUCCCCCUCCUCCUCCACUGAUGCCGUCUGCCGGCGGCGCCGCACCGUCCGCCCCUCCUCCUCCGCCUCCUCCUGGUCCUCCGCCCGUUCCGGGAAUGGCUCCGCCGCCGCCGCCGCCGCCGCUUGGCGGUCGGCCGGCUGCGUUGCUUGGCGAGAUUCAGGCAGGCAAGGCGCUCAAGAAGACGGUUACGAGAGACAAGAGCGGGGCGGCUGUUGCUGGUCGGGUGUUGGAUUGACUGAUUUGGAGGGCGCGGUUUCAUGCGGUGUUUGUGUAGCCAACCCACUCGUGGGCGGUGGAUGCUGUGUACCGUAUUGGCAGUUGAGGGGGCUGGGAUUUGGCUGGGGGUGAGGUUGGUGGAUCUUGGUCCACAGGUUCUGCAGCGGAGAUGAUGAGGUGGGAUUGGAGCGGGAAGACGGGGGUUGCGGAAGUGGUAUGAUAGAUUUCCCUGGAGGUAUGCUAUACAUUUAUCUUUCUUUGACUACCUACUAUGAGACGGUUGAAGGUAGGGGAUGUGUUAGGUAAGUAGUGUAGCGUGGCUUAACUACCUUACGUUGCCGAGCUCACCCUCCAACUUACCGUAUGUCUAAUGGGUUCCCUUGUCGGCUCUCUUCUCUCGCUUGGGGUUUAGCUUGUAUGGCGUGGGAGUGGUUCAGCAUAGCUAGAGUUGAAUUAUAUUAAUUGUACGUACUCAACACUACCUAGUUACC